AUGGCCAGCCAGCGAAGCCCGCGCGGGCGAACUUGCUUCUACGAUCCGGCGACACACAUCUGGACCGGUUUGCCAACACCACCACUCUUCAAUGUCAACCAGAGCCUCGGGCAGCUCGUCCUCACGAUGUUGCGCCGUUGCGACCCCCAACACAUCACGCAAAUCAACGCCGACGCAGGUCACGCGGUAACGUGCGGCGAGAUGUACUUGCGCACAGUGCGCGUCGCAGAACACCUGCAACGGCUUGGGUAUGGCAAGGAUACACCAAUGGCGGCACUGGCGUCGCGUAACGGUGAACAUGUGGCUCCGGUGAUGUUCGCCUGCUUUACACUGGGCAUCCCCAUCAACACGCUCGAUCCGGGCUUUACGGUGGCUGAUUUUGCGCACAUGUUUCGUAUAACGCGCCCGGUGCUGGUGUUCUGCGAGAGCGACAUCCUGGAGGUGGUGCGCGAAGGUGCCAAACAGGCUAACCUUGAACCGGUGUUCGUGCUGUUCGAGACACAGGUGGCCGGGUUUCGGCACGUCCAAGAGCUGCUUGAGCCCACGGGUACGGAGGAGUUGUUUCUAGCACCGACACUGGAGGAUCCCGCUUCCCAUCUAGCCGUGAUUCUGUGCUCCUCCGGAACCACCGGUUUAUCAAAGGGUGUUAGCUAUACGCACGCAUUCUGCAUCGUUAACCUGCCGUCCUUGUGGCGCAUGGCACCAACCGAUAGAUUGCUUGCCUUCAGCUCCCUUUACUGGUUGUCUGGUUUUGCCUCGUUGAUCAUCGGUACGAUCGCACAAGCCACGCGGAUCGUCACACGUGAUCCGUACACUCCCGAGUUGAGCCUCGAAAUACUGCAACGUCACGGUGUAACGAUCGCGUUUUUCUCGCCGUAUCAAUCCAACCUGCUCGUUCACGUGCUCCGAUCAACCACGGUGAGCCUCCCCAAACUUCGACUCUUGUUGUGCGGUGGAGCCCGUGUGUCCCGACAGCUCUAUCACGGGCUACGACAAAUGCUACCCCCAACCACGACCAUCCAGAUCGGAUACGGUAUGUCCGAAUCGUGCCUAAUUUCGCUGACCGAGGGUAACGACUACCGGGACGAUUGUGUCGGGACGCUACAGGCUCGUGCUGAGGCGCGGAUUGUUGAUGGUGAAACGGGCACCCGAUUCCUGCCACCGGGUGAAUCCGGUGAGAUCCGGUUGCGUGUUCCGGUGCCCUUUGCCGGGUAUUACGGUGAUCCGGUAGCGACGACGGGUACGAUUGGACCGGACGGUUGGAUCGCGACUGGCGACAUCGGGUACUUUGACGAGGACGGCCAUUUGUAUGUGAUCGACCGGAAGAAGGAUAUUAUCAAGUAUGCCGGCUACCAGAUAUCGCCAACCGAGCUGGAAUCGUUCGUCAAACAGAUGCCGGAAGUGCUCGAGUGCUGCGUGGUGGGGGUUCCUGCUAACGAGAAUGAUUUGCCGGCCGCGCUCGUUCUUCGCUCACCCCGAUCAGCUGAAGAUCCGACCCUAGCUGAGCGGAUUGUGCGGUUUGUCGAGCAGCAGGUAUCCGAUUACAAGCGGCUGCGUGGUGGUGUUUACUUUGUCGAUGAGCUGCCACUGACGCCGUCGGGAAAGAUUGUACGCCGGAAGUGCCUCGAGGUGGUGCAAAGGAUGCGCGAUCAGGUUGCGUCAGCGGCACAAGGAUAA